AUGUCAGAAUUCAAAGACGACCUCGAGAAGACCGGUGCUUCCACCGCCAAGAUCCACAAGAUCAGAAUCACCCUUACUUCCAGAAACGUCAAGCCUUUAGAGAAAUUCUCCACUGACCUUGUCAACCGAGCCAAGGACAAGGAUCUCAAAGUCAAGGGACCCGUCAGACUCCCCACCAAAGUCCUCAAACACACCACCCGAAAAUCUCCUUGUGGUGAAGGUUCCAAGACUUGGGAUCGAUACGAGAUGAGAAUCCACAAGAGAUUGAUCGACCUUAACUCCUCUGCUGAUGUCGUUAAGCAAAUCACCUCUAUCUCUCUCGAACCUGGAGUUGAGGUUGAAGUCACCAUUGCUGCUUAA